ACGUGCAUCAUGCAUUUGGAGUAGCCUGCCUGCAAAAUGAACAUCUCUGAGUUGAGAAAAACACCGGACAGUUAGUUAGGUGAAGACAAGAUAUGUAUAACACAUGUUUAUUAGUGCGACCUUCAGAAACUGUUGAUGAUUUUAAUGCUCUGUAAUAUUUCCUAACGCCGGUGAUCAUGGCCGGGUGCAACACAGACUGCGUGGAGAAGCCCAUUUCCAUCGGUUUCCAGAAGUUCGGCCGCUUUGUUGGAUCAAACCCCUGGUGGUUUUUCAUCUCUCCUCUGCUGAUCUCAGCCGUGCUGGGGAGUGGGUUUUAUUUCCUAGAAGACCGCGAGGCCAAUGACAUAGAGGAGCAGUUCACACCUGUGAACGGUCCGGCGAAACUGGAGAGGCAGUUUGUCCAGCAGAGCUUCCCCCGGAACGACUCCGUCUUUUCUAAUCAGAGACUCUACACUGACGGCGUGUACGCGACUUUCAUCGCAGUCACCAGAUCGACCAGCAUUCUGACCGAUGCGGCGUUCAAGGAGAUACUGAGUUUGGACAGUAAAGUCAGAGCGCUGAACGUGUCUGCGGGGAGCGAAGUGCUCACAUUCGACGGCCUGUGCGCGAGGAGAUACAAGAAGUGCAUCCCCAACAAAAUCCUGGAUGUGUAUAAUUACUACGGGGACCUUUUCGAGCAGACAGAGCUCACUUUCCCGUUCUUUCGAUUCGGAUUUACUCACCUUUUCCUCGGAUACUCCGUCGGUGGGGUUCGUGUUAAUUCAACCGUUUUAAAGAGUGCCAGGGCAAUUCGCUUAUUUUACUUUCUGAAAGAGGAUAAUCGCUCCAGAACAGAUUUGUGGCUAAAUGAAUUCCUCAGGGUCUUUCCCUCCAACCUAUCACCUAAGUUUAUUAAGGUCACCUACUCUACAUCUCUGUCAAGGCAGGUGGAAUUUGAGGCAAAUACAAAAGAUGUCAUCCCUUUGUUCUCUAUUACAUAUGUCAUUGCCAUUGCAUUUUCUAUCCUUUCUUGUUUAAGGUUUGACUGUGUGAGAAACAAGGUGUGGGUUGCUACCUUUGGUGUGCUAUCUGCUGGGCUUGCUGUGCUUUCUUCUUUUGGAAUGAUGCUUCAUACUGGAGUCCCAUUUGUCAUGACGGUGGCUAAUUCUCCUUUCUUGAUAUUAGGAAUUGGAGUUGAUGAUAUGUUCAUUCUGAUCUCCUGCUGGCAGCAGACCAAUGUUCAUGAUCGUGUUGAAAACCGUCUGGCUGAUACCUACAAAGAAGCAGCAAUAUCUAUCACUAUCACCACUCUCACAGAUGUCUUAGCCUUCUACAUUGGACUCAUGACCCCCUUUCGUUCAGUCCGGUCGUUCUGCUUAUACACCAGCACCUCCAUCUUGUUCUGCUACAUCUACAGUGUCACAUUCUUUGGAGCAUUUCUUGUGCUAAACGGGAGGCGAGAGAACAGAAACCAGCACUGGCUGACCUGCAAGGAGGUGCCUGAGGAGUGCCCCAUAGGUCAGUCGAAAUGGUACGAGUUUUGCUGCGUGGGAGGGGCUUAUGACCCCCACACUGAUUCAGAGGAGGUCCAGCCUAUGAAUCACUUCUUCAAGAGAUACUAUGGUCCUUUCUUGACAAAGCCAUGGACGAAGCGUUGUGUGAUUUUGCUCUACAUGACAUAUUUGGCAGUCAGUAUUUAUGGAUGCUUCCAGAUAAAAGAAGGAAUUGAUCUCCGUAACUUGGCAGCAGAUGAUUCAUAUGUAGUGAAGUACUAUGAUGAUGAAAAAGCGUACUUUUCUGAAUAUGGACCAAAUAUAAUGGUUAUCGUAAAAGGUGAAUUUUCAUACUGGGAUGAAAAAAAUAUGUCAGAUCUGGAAACUUGUGUUGAAAAUUUCAAAAAUCUGUCUUUCAUUGAAAAAGACAUAUUUACUUCAUGGAUCAAAUCGUAUAAAUAUUAUGGACAUCAUACAAAUCUGAAUCUCAGCGCUGAACACGUUUUUAAAGACAACUUAAGAAAGUUUCUGAGAUUCUACUCAGACUUCAGGCAGGAUGUUAAUUUUAUCAAUAACUCUAUCCAUGCCUCGCGCUUUUUCAUACAGACUGUGAAUAUAUCCACAGCCAUUGAUGAAAUGAAUAUGUUAAAUAAAUUGCGAGAUACAGCACAGAGAUGUCCAGUGCCUUUGCUUGUGUACCAUCCUGCAUUUAUAUACCAUGACCAGUACGCAGUGAUUGUCAGUAAUACAGUUCAGAAUAUUGCAGUUACUACUGCUGUCAUGUUGUUAAUCUCCCUUAUGUUAAUCCCAAACCCCCUGUGUUCCCUCUGGGUAACAUUCUCCAUUGCCUCUGUCAUUGUGGGCGUCACCGGAUUCAUGGCACUGUGGGAUGUUAAUUUAGACACCAUUUCUAUGAUCAUCCUUGUCGUCUGUAUUGGCUUUUCAGUUGACUUUUCUGCUCAUAUUUCAUACGCAUUUGUAUCCAGCAAAAAACCCACUGCCAAUGAGAAGGCCGUAGAAGCACUAUUCAGUUUAGGAUACCCCAUUUUACAAGGAGCUGUGUCCACUAUCCUUGGAGUGGUAGUUCUUUCUGCUUCAAAGAACUAUAUUUUCAGAACUUUCUUUAAGAUCAUGUUUCUGGUGAUCUUCUUUGGACUCUUUCAUGGCAUCACUUUCAUCCCAGUAUUUUUAACGUUCUUUGACAUUUGCAGUGGAACGUCAAUCAACAAGGAAAGGCAAGGUCUGGAAGACCAGGACACAGGAAACAGCCACGGCAAUAACAUUCAGUCUAAGACCAAACAGACUGAUUUGAAAGAGAAGCAAAUUUACUACAAUCACACUUUUUUGUCCGACAAUAAUAAACCUUGUCACUCAAAACCCUGCCUGGCCAUCUGGAGCGUGGCUGGAAAUAAUGAGCAUCUCCAGAAUAGCCAGAUGUGCAUGAUAAGCACCAUUCCAAUGUUCAUGGUAGACAGUCAAACCUAUGCCGUUCACAUGUACGCAGCCUAUGACAAUGCAAUGUUUACUAUCAACUCUCCACCAAAACAGAUCUGAUGAUCAGAUUUGUGUUGGAAAUCUCAGUCAC